AUGGCUCCAAAUCUGAUGAGCAUUCCUCGCGAGUUGCGUGAUCAGAUCUGGGAGCAGGUCUAUGGCACUCCGACACAGGUCCGACUGACUUGUCACGCCAUAGAAGACUCGUACAAGCAGGGCGAGUCGAAGCGUUAUCCAGAACAGCCGGUGGCAGAGUAUCCGCCAGUCGAAGACGACUCAGCAGCGGCUCCCUCCCAGAGCAACGAUGUCGACAGCGAAGCUGACUCGGACGCCGGCGCUGGUGACGAUAAGUCGCAGUCAGAGGGUGACGGUGACGGUGACGGUGACGAAAAUGAAGACGAAGAAACUGCAAAGGAGGACGAACCCAUCGACUUCGAUGUAUACGAAUUUCUCAAAGAGCAUCCAGAGUCCGACGAUGAAAGCUAUGAUGUUGACAGCGAAGACGACUCGGAUGAAGAGGAAGUUUCCAAGGGUUACAAGAUAUUCGCAACAUCUCCCGUCGACACCUCACUGCUCAUGGUCAGUCAUCAAGUCAGCGAGGAAGCUGCUCCUUACUUCUGGGCCUCUUUGACGCUAAUUUUCGAGUACACGGCGAUUGGCACGAUGCGUUUCCUAAUGGCACUGCCGGCUCCUGCGCUGGACAACAUCAGAUCCAUCGGCCUGACGAGCUGGAUCUUCAUGGACGAUGACAAGGACUCGUUCCACGCCUGGAACGGUAGCAUAGACACCCCUCUUUACCAUCGCCCUGACGGACCGACACUCAUCACACCUUUCGCAUCUUUUCUCGCCUCGCAUCUGCCCAACCUGGAGGAGAUUUACCUCUACACACCUACUGGAGGUGACGAGGAUUUCUAUUGCCUGCCAGCAUCUCUCGAUCUUCACGAGAUGCUCGACUCUCGUUCCGUCAAGCGACUACACCACGUAUUUCUCGGCGAUCCAGCCGCGAAGAUUUUGUCGAGGUGGACUAGCAAGGAUGCUUUAGAAAUUCUGAUGGGUAGGAUUCCGGCUUUGGUGGGAUACCACUGGUAUCGACUUUUGUACCCCGAGCCAGAGAAGCCGCGGGGCUUCAUCCAUCCAGCAGAUGACGCUUGGGAAGGCUCGCUAAACCAAGCCCACAGCGAAUGGUUUGAAGACUCCUAUGACUUCAAGAAAAACGUGAAGGAAGACUUGGCUUCGCGUUGGAGCUGGAGUGGUCGCGACAUCGACUUUGGAGGCGAUGGGAAUGUACAGGCUGUCAUAACAGUGCAUGCGAAGAAGGAAGAGGGUCAAGAUCCGUUGCAUGAUUCUCCUGAAAUCCUCAAGGCCAUUUUUCGAAGUUCCAAAGUAAAGUCUCCUAAUGUUGGGAUCAAUCACAAUGACCACUCCAUGUUGCGUUCUCAGGAUUUAUAUAGUCAACGUACGACUGAUGAACGGGACAACCCAGGCCAGGCUCAACAUACACUCAUGUUUGACGGCGAGGCAAUUCGAGCCAUUUUGGUUUGA